AUGGACUCACAAACUGUCGCGGGCCCACCCUCGGAAUCGGAGAAGAAAAGUGACGAAUUAUCGCUGCGAACGGUUGUGGUAACUCCCACGAAUACCGAGCUUGACUUUCCGGAAGGCGGGUGGGAAGCAUGGACCGUAGUCUUUGGCGGGUUCAUGGCCUUUAUAGCCUCGUUCGGCGUAAUGAAUACAUAUGGUGUCUUCCAGGAUUACUACUCAUCGACACUUCUGACAAAGUCGUCGUCAUCCACGAUCUCGCUCAUUGGAGCGAUCCAGAUAUAUCUGCUGUACGGAGCUGGUCCGAUCGUGGGCAGGAUUUACGACGCGUAUGGAACUAGCGUUAUCAUCCCUGUGGGCUCGUUCCUGACAGUGUUCUCUCUUAUGAUGGUGUCUUUAGCUCAGGAAAACCAACCAUACCAGCUGUUUCUAUCACAAGGGAUCCUCUUCGGUAUUGGCAUAGCAGCGAUCUUCAAUCCCGCUAUGGCCGUCGUAGGCCACUGGUUCCGUCGCAGGAGGGCCUACGCGAUGGGCAUAGUCGCCUCAGGGAGCUCCGUUGGCGGGGUGUUCUUUCCCAUUAUGCUCCAGCGGCUCAUACCCACCAUAGGGUUUCCGUGGGCAGUGCGUGCGAUGGCAUUCGUCUGCCUAUUCUGCCUGGUCGUUGCGUGCUUCACGAUCCGUACGCGGCUCCCCGGCUCGCGCCGUAUCACCCUCCGAGGCCUAAUAGACUUUGACGGCUUCCGCGAUAAGAAGUACGUGUUCGCGGCUGCAGGGGCAUUCCUCAUAUUCUACGCGCUGUUCAUCCCGUAUUUUUACAUCGAGAUCUACGCGGACAUGCAGGGCGUGCCGCAUAAUCUGGCGAUCUACCUUCUCCCUAUCAUCAAUGCCACGGGCAUCCCGUCCCGGAUUAUUCCAGGCAUUCUCGCAGACAGAUUUGGGUGUCUCAAUGUCUUGGUGCCAUCGUCGAUCAUCACCAGCAUCUUCGUCCUGGCCCUUUGGCUGCCAGCGCGGAACUCUGGGGAAAUUAUCGCCUUCGCCGCGCUCUAUGGCCUAUUCACAGGAGGGGUCGUCUCACUGCUACCCGCAUACAUCUACAAGAUCUCCCCCCUGGAGAAGUACGGUGCCCGUCUGGGUUCACUGUACAUGGUCGUUGGCAUCGCCACCCUUGUUGGCACGCCGACCGCGGGCGCGUUCGUGCAUGUAGUCAACAACAAGCACUUCAAUGGGCUCAUCAUCUUCUGCGGCGUCUUCAUCGCGGUGGGCGGCGCCAUCCUCGGCCUCACCGGCGCGUUCACGAAGGAGGAGAGGGCGUCAGCGCACGUCGGUGAGCCGUAG